GAAACAAUCUCUACUUUUUGUGCGCCUAGGCCUGGCGCAGAAUUUCCCUUGAAUUGGGACACUGCACCCUUCAAGUCGACGUGCAAUGUAAACAAGUGUUUUCGCUGAAAUUUGGAGCUCAACUUUGCCGGCGAUCAUGAGUCUUCCAUUGGAAAAGAAAGCUCUUCAUGUUCCAGAGCUUGGAGAAUUAGCAACAGUUCUGCAAGAUGGUUUGAAGUCGCAUUUUGCCUCAGUAUCCGUCAGCGUAGUUGACUGCCCAGACCUAACUCAGCAGCCGUUUACUCUGGCAGCACCAGGAUUAUGUGGGAGUCCAAGGGCUGUAGACGUGGGCGGAAUCCCCAACAUUCACCCACUUCCCAAACUUGAAAAGAUUUAUGAUAUGGAAAAGGUAGCAGAGUUGGCUGAUGUGCCUGGUGCUUUCAUGAUCGGAGCCGGGGCUGGACCUUACAAACAUGUCGGAGUAAAUAGUGAGUUGAUGCCAAACCUGAUAGCCUCAACGAAUGCCAGAGAACGGAACAGUGAAACUUAUGAUAUGAGACUGGACACCGAAAGCGGGAAACCAAUCUUGGAGAAGUGUGCAAGUGCAGAGUGUGCCCUCAUGGUCAACCUCUACUGUUCAGAGGGGAAACCAGGAAAGGUGCUGGAAGUAAAAGCCAGCAAGAGAACUGGGGAAAGUGACUUUGUAGCAGCCAUGAGGAAAGUGAUUCAAGCCAAGUAUGGGGACAAAGCCGUUGGUUUAGGAGGAACGUUCCUGAUUGAUCGGGGCAAAGCAUGGUUACAUGUCAUGCCAGAUUUCUGUCCAACUCCCAUCACCAACCUGAAGGAGGUAGAGGCGUGGUUGAAAUUCUUUGAGUUUGAUGCACCAAUUGUUUGUCUGAGUGUGUUUUACUCUUAUGACCCAGGUCUUGAUUUGCGGAUUGAGCACACUCAUUGCUUCAGUCACCACGGAGCAGGAGGUCACUAUCAUUAUGACACCACACCCGAAGAUGUCGUCUACAGAGGUUAUUUUCACCCUGCUGAAUGGGUGUACCGGGUGGAUCGGCCCACCGAGAAAUGGGUACCCAAAGACAAAUGAAAAAUAUGCAAGUGCAAAAAGUGCUCCGCCGCAGCUGUCCCCGUAACAAAUAAUCAGCUGAAUAUAAAACUGUUUAAAUCCAUUACUUUAAUUAUCAUUCAUCUCCAAACCUCAUUCUCAAUUUGUUCAUGGACUGUAGAGAGUCCAUCAGUCUCAUGUUUCAAGAAAGAAUAUUUUCAGAAAACGUUAACAAGUCAUUCAUGUUCAAAUUUAAUCCUCAUUUCAAAAAAAGAUUGCUUACUUUGUAUAAGAGAUUUCAGCUUUUAUUAUGCAGCGAGGAAACAAAGAUUUAACUGUUAAAACCCUUCAAUUAGAUGAAGCCUCAAGGCAAAAAAUUGAAAAUAUGCCAUGAAUGUGGUUUUGGAUUGAUAAUCCUGCCUGUCCGUAAACAUAAGUUAGAAGAAAAAAAUUGUGGAAGACAAAAAAUGGCGUUUUUUUCUGACGCCCAUAGACUGUAAGCUUGUGCAGUAUUUCUUGUUUAAAUCUAUGAGAACGAAUGUAGAGAUUCUAGUAAUUUAUCAUUGUUUUUUCCCUUUGUCCUGUGAUCAGUCAAAUAUGAAAUUAAUGCCGGGGAAUUUUAUAUUGAAUCAAGAUGCUUUAAUAAAAUGAUACAUG